AUGGCUUCAGACACUUUUGUGCAGCCAGCCAUUCCACGUUUUGAUGGUCAUUAUGACCAUUGGAGCAUGCUCAUGGAGAAUUUUUUGAGGUCCAAAGACUACUGGCCAGUUGUGGUUUCUGGAGUAGCAGAACCAGCAGAAGGGGUGGUGCUGACAGAUGUGCAGAAAAUGGAGCUCGAAGCACUGAAGCUGAAAGAUCUCAAGGCAAAGAAUUAUUUUUUCCAAGCUAUUGAUCGCUCAAUCUUGGAAACCAUUCUUUGCAAGGACACCGCCAAGCAUAUUUGGGAUUCCAUGAAGAAGAAAUACCAAGGUACAGCAAGGGCUAAGAGGCAGCAACUUCAAGCACUUCGCUCGGACUUCGAAAUGCUUCGAAUGAAGUCAGGAGAAUCAGUUACAGACUAUUUUUCAAGAACGAUGGCAAUCAUUAACAAGAUGAGGAUCCAUGGCGACAAGACAGAGGAUGUUCUCAUUGUUGAGAAGAUUCUUCGAUCCUUGACACCAAAAUUUAAUUUUGUUGUCUGUUCGAUAGAAGAAGCUAAUGAUGUUGAUUCAUUGUCAAUUGAUGAAUUACAAAGUUCUUUGUUGGUUCAUGAGCAAAAAAUAAACCAACAGGUGAAAGAGGAACAAGCAUUGAAGGCCUUAUCCGAAACUCACUUUACACAAAGUAGAGUUGAUAGAGGACGAGGUCGAGGCAGAGGUCGAGGUAGAGGAGGCAGGCACAACACUGAUCGUGGCAACCAACAUCACCAUCAGCACUAA